AUGGCUUCAUCGGAUGACGUUUUCAAAGAACUCUUUGCUAGUAUAUACGAGCCCUUCUUUGGACUAAAUGAGAUGGAUUAUGAGCUCCAUGGUAUUUAUAUGGAUCACGAACCAGAGCAUGAGUUCGUGACUGCACUUGAUAAAUGUAGGGAUGUCUUUCUCAAUGUUCUACUUAGUGAUGAAAACUUAAGGAAUUCAAGCAUGGAUGAUGAAAUCAGAGCACACGUUUAUCAUGCUAAUGAAUGGCAAAGUGAUGACGAAGGUGAACAAGAGGCGAUGAAGAAUAAGUACAAAAUUCAUGAUCCAAACACACCAUGGGAUAAGAUGGAACCUAAGGUAGGUGAUAUGUUUCAGUCUCCUGCACAACUUAAGUUUUGUAUUCAAAAUUAUGGGGUGUCAAAUGGAUAUCAGAUAUACUUUGAAAAAUGUGAUAAAACUAGAAUAGUUGCAAGAUGUGGGAAGAGGACAGAGAUGAAUGAUUGUCCUUUCAUAUUUCAGCCUCCAAAGAAGAAAAACAAGUCAAAGAAAGAAGCAUCAAGUUCCAAGGUUUUAAAAGCAUCAAGGUCCAAAAAAGAGGCUACUGAAUAUGAUGAAUCAUUAAGAGCUUCUCAAUCCAGUCAGCCUCCAAAGAAUAAAAACAAGUCAAAGAAAGAAGCAUCAAGUUCCAAGGUUUUAAAAGCAUCAAGGCCCAAAAAAGAGGCUACUUCAACUCAGAAAGAAGAUGUUUCUCCAACUGAAAAAGAAGUUGUUGUUGAUGGUAUUCAGAUUGGGGAAUGUGAUGGUAUUUAG